UACAUUUUUGAUUUUUAAUUCGCGCGAAUUUUCAUUUUUAUGUUGUUGAGACUCGUAAAAAUCAGAAUAAGUAUAAUUACAUGCACAAUAGAUCACUUUUAUGGAUAUUCGAAAGGGUUAGAAGCAGUGAGUCGGCGGUACGGAAAUUUGGAUACCGAUCUCGGAAUACAUCGUGUCAAUAUGGGAUCUCAUGCGGAGGACCUGGCCAAAGUAGUGGCCAAACUGACAUCUUCCGAUGUGCAGUUUAAAGCUGGAUGUAAAAAAUGUGGAUUCCCCGGUCACUUGACAUACCAGUGUCGAAAUUUCAUCAAAUCCAACCCAGCGUCAGACGUGAUUAUGGACGUUAGCAGCACGACAUCCCUCAGCUCCGAAGAGGAGUUUGUGUCUCCCUUGAAGAAAUUGGCGCAAGAAGAGCUCAAGGCGCAACAGAAAGAAGUACGCAAAAGGAACAAAAAGAAAAGAAAACUGAAGAAAUUCAGUUCGGAUGACGAAAGUGACGAAGGUGCACCAGAAGCGCGGUCGCGCUCUCGAAAGCACGUUGAACGUCCGUCGCGAUCACCGCAUCGACGCGAUCCCAGCUCCGUGUCCCGUUCGCGUUCCGAAUCGCCGGGACGGUUCAAGAGUGCCAAGCACAAAAAAUCCCGUUCGAAGAAGAAGCGUUCUCGUAGCGGCUCAUCUUCGCGCGAGCGUUCGAAGAAGAAGCGCACCGAGCGCAGUCCAUCGUCGGAUUCCGACCGGAAACGCAAACAUAAAAGCUCCAAAAGCAAGAAACGCCAGCGCAGUCGAACGCGGUCCAGAUCACCGCGGUGGAAAUCGUCAAAAUGGCUUGAAAAUUUUCUCAAGCACUGACCAAGAAUUCUGGCGCUGCCUUUUACAGCUGAUAAAAGAUUUUUUGUAUCACUGCUGGCGCAAUACGAUGUCUAUGUUAGUGUGCUUAUUAAAACGUCUGUUAAUUUGUAUUGAAGUAAUUAAACUAUGAUUCUCACUGUUAAUUGUGUUGUUAGCGGAUUUGUUGUUUUACAGCUGUAUUUGUCAGGCACUUUGCUUUUUUUUGUGAAUUCGGAAAUUUUGGUGAGUGACAUACAUUUUUGUAUUACUUUGUACGUGUAAAUAACUUUGCGGAACUGAAAAUGUGUGAUGAAAUGAUCAGUUAAAUUUCGGAUCUUUUUUGUGUGAUCUUUAGAAGAUUCCCUUGUGUAUCUGUACAGACUCUCGCGUACAUGAGAUGCGCCGGCGAAUUUACAUUAAAUAUUUAAAACAGUG